AUAAAACCUCAAUAAAAACUAGUAGUGAUAGUAGAGUAGAAGCCGGACGGUGAGACAGUCUUAGUAACACCACCAGUCAUAACCAUCACUAUGUUGAGCAAUACUGGAAAGCUUGCAGGCCGUACUUUGUUCAUCACAGGAGCCAGUCGAGGCAUUGGUAAAGCUAUUGCUCUCAAAGCUGCACUGGAUGGGGCCAACAUUGUAGUAGCAGCAAAAACUGUUGAUCCUCAUCCUAAACUAUCAGGAACCAUCUUUACUGCGGCAAAGGAGAUUGAGUCAGUAGGAGGACGUGCUCUGCCUUGUGUGGUGGAUGUUCGUGAUGAAGGGUCUGUGCAGCAAGCUGUAAAUGAUGCAGUUAAGCAGUUUGGUGGCAUUGAUAUUGUUAUUAACAAUGCCAGUGCCAUCUCCCUCACAGGAACCCUGGAGACUCCAAUGAAAAAAUAUGACCUCAUGCAUCAAAUCAACACCAGAGGAACAUAUCUUGUAUCAAAGUUGUGCGUGCCACAUUUGUUAAAAAGCCCAAACCCGCACAUCUUGAAUAUAUCUCCCCCUCUCAACAUGAAUCCUCGCUGGUUCAAGAAUCACAUAGCUUACACCAUGGCCAAGUAUGGCAUGUCUCAGUGUGUAUUGGGCAUGGCAGAAGAAUUCAGAGAUGAUGGCAUUGCAUGUAAUGCACUUUGGCCCCGCACAGCAAUCAUCACUGCAGCUAUGGAGAUGUUAGGUGGCAGUGGGGUUGACAAGCAGUGCAGAAAGCCAGAGAUCAUGGCUGAUGCUGCUUAUGUCAUAAUCUGCAAAGAAUCCAAAUCAUUCACAGGAAAAUUUGUUAUAGAUGAUGAAAUUCUGAAAACAGAGGGAAUCACAGAUUUUGAUCAAUAUGCCGUUGAUCCAAGUUCCUCACUUAUGCCAGAUUUCUUUUUGGACGAAUUUGACAAAUAUGUUGAAAAUGCAAAAGAAUUUGGUGCUACUUCAAAAUUUCUUGGUAGUAAACUUCAAGAGGAAGAUUCACCCAAGACUGAUAGCCAAGUUGAAAAGGUCUUUACCAAGAUUGAAGCUUUCCUGAGCAGUGAAUUAGUAGACAAAACCAAGGCUGUUUAUUCAUUUACUCUGACGGGUAAUGAUACUGGCAAGUGGUAUCUCGACCUGAAGAAUGGCUCUGGUGCCUGUGGGCGUGGUGACCCACCAUCUACUGCUGAUGCCACUUUUGCUAUGAGUAGUGAAAACUUUUUCAAAAUGUUUACAGGUUCCCUGAAGCCAACCACUGCAUUUAUGUCAGGGAAGAUAAAGAUCUCAGGAGAUAUGAGCAAAGCCAUGAAAUUAGAGACACUUAUGGGUAAAUUGAAAUCCAAACUUUGAAAAAUCACAUCUCAUAUUUGCAUUUUUUCUAUUCGGCUUCAUGCCAAAUUGUUUGGUUUCCUAUAAGCAAAAUACUUUUUGUUAAGAUACAGUAUACAUAUAAGAAAAAUUUAGACUUGAAUGAAAAUUUAGUUUAUACCUAUAUUUUACAAUAUAUUAUAUAUAUAGAUAUAUAAAGUAGCUGUUAAUCUUUGAAGUGUGUGUAUUUUCUCAUAAUAUAUGGUUUCGUUACAAAGGUUUAGUUUUAAUGACCCAAAGAGAUUUGUUAAUGUUAAACAAAUUUCAAAUCCCAUUUUGGAUAAAUUACAUACAUGCAGGUUGUUGCUGUCAACACAACUAAGGUCUUCUCAUAAACUUGCCAGUACUACUUUUAAUUGCCUGUACCUUAAAAAGGGCUAAUGUCCUUUUCCCCUUCAGGGUUCCGACCCCAAUCUGAAACUUGUUCACAGGGUCCAAGAAUUUAAAAAAAAAAAAUUGUAUUUAUUAUUAAGCAAAAUUAAGGCUUGUUUUCGGGCCACAGUAAACUGGAUAACUGAAUCUGCAGAAACGAGGGUUCUACUGUACAUUGAAGUAUUUUAGAUAUUGGUUAUGACAUCAGACUGAAAAAUAAAAAGUUCAAAAGUUUAGGAGUGUCUUCUAUAAUAUUUAAAUAAUAGAAUAUAAAAAAAAAGGGAAGGGGGGGGCAGUUAAACUUAAACAUGUAAAAAAUAGCAGUGAUGUUUUAAAAAGCUAUUGUAGGUCAGUUUGUGUGAAUGGUUGGAGUAAAAAAACAAAAAAAAAUCCAGUGGGGGAUGGCUGCUGUUGGAAAAAAAAAACUGUAUAGUAGUCAUUAGUAUGUGUGUGUCCAUCAGUCUUUUGUUUGGGAAGCCUUGCCAAGCAUAUUGGAUUGUCAUUAUUAGUCUUGCCAAUCACCCCUAAUUAUUUUGUUGUUAAUUAUUUUUAGAAAUGUAGUUGUAUUUUUAUACCCAUUUUUAGUGAAUAUAUUCACCUUAGUGAAGCUGUUAUAUUUCUGGCUUAUUGUGAAAUACCUAUUCUUGCAAACAUUGAAACACCUAGAGAUGACAUAGGGUAUGUUUUCUGAUGUGACUGUGAACAUUUUUAUAAUUUUAAUGACCUAAAUGCUGCAGGUAGCCAAAAAGAGAAAUUGACAGUAUAUUGUUACAAGCAAGAGGGAGGUGAAAGUGUAUAAACUAAGGGAGGAGGAAGUUCAGGUGAGAUAUAAGCAACUAUUGGCAGAAAGGUGGGCUGGUGCAAGUAUGAGUAGUGGGGGGGUUGAAGAGGGUUGGAAUAGUUUUAAAAAUGCAGUAUGAGAAUGAGGGGCAGAAGUUUGUGGUUAUAGGAGAGUGGGUGCAGGAGGAAUGAGGAGUGAUUGGUGGAAUGAUGAAGUAAAGGGUGUGAUAAAAGAGAAAAAGUUAGCUUAUGAGAGGUUUUUACAAAGCAGAAGUGUUAUAAAAAAAGAGUAGAGUAUAUGGAGAGUAAAAGAAAGGUGAAGAGAGUGCAAAAGGAGAGCAGAUGAAAGAGUGGGAGAGGCACUGUCAAGAAAUUUUAAUGAAAAUAGGAAAAAAUUAUGGAGUGAGUUAAACAAGUUAAGAAAGCCUAGAGAACGAAUGGAUUUGUCAGUUAAAAACAGAGUAGGGGAGUUAGUAGAUGGGGAGAUGGAGGUUUUGGGUAGAUGGCGAGAAUAUUUUGAGGAACUUUUAAAUGUCGACGAAGAAAGGGAAGCGGUAUUUUCAUGCACUGGCCAGAGAGGUAUACCAUCUUUUAGGAUUGAAGAACAGGAUGUGAGUGUGGGGGAGGUGCGUGAGGUAUUACAUAGAAUGAAAGGGGGUAAAGCAGCUGGAACUGAUGGGAUCAUGACAGAAAUGUUAAAAGCAGGGGGUGAAUAUAGUGUUUAAGAGUGGUUGGUAUUUUUGUUUAAUAAACGUAUGAAAGAGGGGAAGGCACCUAGGGAUUGGCAGAGAGCAUGUAUAGUCCCUUUAUAUAAAGGGAAGGGGGACAAAAGAGAUUGUAAAAAUUAUAGAGGAAUAAGUUUACUGAGUAUACCAGGAAAAGUGCAUGUUAGGGUUAUAAUUUAAAGAAUUAGAGGUAAGAUAGAAUGUAGGAUUGCGGAUGAGCAAGGAGGUUUCAGAGUGGGUAGGGGAUGUGUAGAUCAAGUGUUUACAUUGAGGCAUAUAUGUGAACAGUAUUUAGAUAAAGGUAGGGAAGUUUGCAUUGCAUUCAUGGAUUUAGAAAAGGCAUAUGAUAGAGUGGAUAGGGGAGCAAUGUGGCAAAUGUUGCAAGUAUAUAUGGAAUAGGUGGUAAGUUGCUAAAUGCUGUAAAGAGUUUUUAUGAGGAUAGUGAGGCUCAGGUUAGGAUGUGUAGAAGAGAGGUAGACUACUUCCCAGUAAAAGUAGGUCUUAGACAGGGAUGUGUAAUGUCACCAUGGUUGUUUAAUAUAUUUAUAGAUGUGGUUGUAAAAGAAGUAAAUGCUAGGGUGUUUGGGAGAGGGGUGGGAUUAAAUUAUGGGGAAUCAAAUACAAAACGGGAAUUGACACAGUUGCUUUUUGCUGAUGAUGCUGUGCUCACGGGAGAUUCUCAAGAAAAAUUGCGAAGGUUAGUGGAUGAGUUUGGGAGUGUGUGUAAAGGUAGAAAGUUGAUAGUGAACAUAGAAAAGAGUAAGGUGAUGAGGGUAUCAAAUGAUUUAGAUAAAGAAAAAUUUGAUAUCAAAUUGGGGAGGAGGAGUAUGGAAGAAUUGAAUGUUUUCAGAUACUUGGGAGUUGAUGUGUCGGCGGAUGGAUUUAUGAAGGAUGAGGUUAAUUAUAGAAUUGAUGAGGGAAAAAAGGCGAGUUGUGCAUUGAGGCAUAUGUGGAGACAAAAAAAGUUAUCUAUGGAGGCAAAGAAGGGAAUGUAUGAAAGUAUAGUAGUACCAACACUCUUAUAUGGGUGUGAAGCUUGGGUUGUGAAUGCAGCAGCGAGGAGACGGUUGGAGGCAGUGAUGUCCUGUCUAAGGGCUAUGUGUGAUGUAAAUAUUAUGGAGAAAAUUCGGAGUGUGGAAAUUAGGAGAAGGUGUGGAGUUAAUAAAAGUAUUAGUCAGAGGGCUGAAGAGGGGUUGUUGAGAUGGUUUGGUCAUUUAGAGAGAAUGGAUCAAAGUAGAAUGACAUGGAGAGUGUAUAAAUCUGUAGGGGAGGGAAGGUGGGGUAGGGGUCAUCCUCGAAAAGGUUGGAGGGAGAGGGUAAAGGAGGUUUUGUGGGUGAGGGGCUUGGACUCCCAGUAAGUGUGCAUGAGCAUGUUAGAUAGUGAAUGGAGACAAAUGGUAUUUGGGACCUGACGAUCUGUUGGAGCAUGAGCAGGGUAAUAUUUAGUGAAGGGAUUCAGGGAAACCGGUUAUUUUUUUAUAUAGCCGGACUUGAGUCCUGGAAAUGGGAAGUACAAUGCCUGCACUCUAAAGGAGCGGUUUGGGAUAUUAGCAGUUUGGAGGGAUAUGUUUGUGUAUCUUUAUAGGUAUAUGCUUCCAAGUUGUUGUGUUCUGAGCACCUCUGCAAAAACAGUGAUUAUGUGUGAGUGAGGUGAAAGUGUUGAAUGAUGAUGAAAGUAUUUUCUUUUUGGGGAUUUUUUCUUUUUUGGGUCACCCUGCCUCGGUGGGAGACUGCCGACUUGUUAAAAAAAAAAAAUUGUUACAUUAAUGGGGAAAUGCUAUACAGCACCUAGUGAGAUGGGAGGCAGCCAGGCUUGAUCCAAGGCAAUGAAGGAUAAGUUCAAGAGCCCCUUGCUAUCAUCAAAGCACCCCCCUUGAAAAGAAAGGUGACAAGAAAAUGCUCUUAAGGUGCUGUAGAUAUUGUGUAAAUGUAUUUAUUUGGAGAGCAAUCACAUAAAUUUACAUCCAUAGGCAGAAAUACCUGAGAGACUUAAUUACAUAUAAAUUCUAAAGCCUCCCACUUUUAAACAUCCUCCUCAGUAUUUGUUCCCUUCAUGGAUUCUCAGGACAACACCUGUAUAUCAGAGUAUGUGGUUAACAUGAAUACAGAGGCUUGUACCUCAGACACUAAGACACAAACAGGUUUAGUGCUUCUCCCAUGAAUAUACUCGGUUUACCUAAGCAGUGUUGGAGGACACGGUACAGUUCAUACAAUUUAUUUCUAGGAGUAGCAUAAAUGUUGAACCCUUCAAGGGAGAGGUUCCAUGCUGGUGAGGAGCUCUUGAUCCAAAAAAUUGGACCUGUCCUCCUGAUUACCUCCCAUUAUGCCAAGUGCUGUAUGAUCCCUCUGGGUUUGAUGCUUUCAUAAUGAAUAUGGAAAAAUUAAUAAUCAUUGUCGUUUGCAAUAUUUUUGUUUGUAAAACAGUUUUAAAUGUGGUAUUCAUAUGUAAAUGUUUCUACUACAGUAAGUGCAGACACAAAAAAAAAGUAGACACUACUAGGGUAGCUGGUUUACAAAGAUGAGCAAACACUACAUGUUUAUGGGAAAAUACUUAGGCCCUGGGACCAGAAGUUAUCCAAGUCCCAGGACCAACAUGUUUUCUAAUAUAUCCUAAUGUUGGCUUGCAUGUUUUAUUAAACCACAUGUUAGUACCAAAGAUUUAUAUUUGGGUAGUUGCUACGAAAGCUAUGUUUUCCUCUCGAGUACCUUGGAGACUUUUCAGUAGAAAACUUAAACCCUUUAAUUUAAUUUAACAUGGUUCACUUAAGGGAUAAGUAAGUUUUGACCAUAACUAUCCCAGCCUGCAGUUAUAACUGAGAUAUUCUUUUGUCUCUUGUACAUUGUUUAGACCCUUUCAUAUUUUACACUAAGCAUUUCUACUGAAGCAGUUCUACAUAACCAUGGGCUUUCCAUGUGUAGUAUUAAAUGUCAAACAAUUUUGUAACAACUAUAUCAUGUAGAAGUAAAAUAUUGUCAAUAUUAUUAAUUUUAAUAUUCUUUCUUUCAACAAACCGGCCGUAUCCCACCAAGGCAGGGUGGCCCAAAAAGAAAAACAAAAGUUUCUCUUUUUUUAAAUUUAGUAAUUUAUACGGGAGAAGGGGUUACUAGUCCCUUGCUCCUGGCAUUUUAGUCGCCUCUUACAACACGCAUGGCUUACGGAGGAAGAAUUCUGUUCCACUUCCCCAUGGAGGUAAGAGGAAAUAAACAAGAGCAAGAACUAGAAAGAAAAUAGCAGAAAACCCAGAGGGGUGUGUGUAUAUAUAUGUUUGUACAUGUAUGUGUAGUGUGACCUAAGUGUAAGUAGAAGUAGCAAGACGUACCUGAAAUCUUGCAUGUUUAUGAGACAGAAAAAAGGACACCAGCAAUCCUACCAUCAUGUAAAACAAUUACAGGCUUUUGUUUUACACUCACUUGGCAGAAUGGUAGUACCUCCCUGGGCAGUUGCUGUCUACCAACCUACUACCUAGAAAUUUUAGUAUUAUUAUGAUUAAUAAAAAGUGUCAGUAACUAUGGAGUAUCUGGCACGUUGUUCAUUCCCAUUUGACUUGUGGGUGCAUUUGUUGUGCUGUAUUAAGAUUUUAACUUUAAGAUGACCCUUGUGGGUUUAGCACUUAGCUGUGAUUAUAAUAAUAAUUUCACUUGGAGAUAAAAAAAUUAAUACACUGUCAUGCUGUCAAACUUGCUUGUGUCACUUUGUUCAUAAAUAUUGACAUCUUUACCCAUCUAUUAUCUCUUAACUAAAACCAAUUUCUUUUGAUAGUGGAGCAAUUUUUUAAUUCAAAUAGGGUGUGAAAGUACUUUAGGCUCUGAUCUGUUGGCAUGUUUUUAAAAAAUUUUAUUUAAAAAAAGGCAGCUUGUAGCCAUUACUGGCUUGUGGUUUGGCGUAUAGGAUUCCACUUAAGUUUAUUUACCCUGAGGUUUUGCUUUCUAGGUUUAAAAGUGUAGUUUGUGUGCUUGAAUGCCUUCCAAACCUCCCUUUCCCCACAGGCGCUGUAUAAUCCCUACAUGUUUAGCGCUCUCCCAUAAUAAUGUAGUUUGUGUGAAAUUAAACAUCAGAAAACCUCAUCAACAUCAAUAAAAAAAAGUUUUAAUCAUUAUUGUAAUACACAGGUAUAGGGACUUUGGUACAUGCUGUAUAUCCAAGGAUACAGUUUUUUAUGUUGAUGAAUUUUUACUUGUAAAGCAUCAGUUUUCUUUCAAAGUGACUACAGUAUUGUUGAUGUAUUUUGUUAAAGAUUUUGAGUACUGUAUCCUUAUCAGUCAAGGUGAUACAAACAAUGCAAUGUGUGGUGUUUUCUAUUGUACAGGACUUGUUGACAUAAAGCAUAUUUUGAAAA